GAACAAAUUCUCCAACUAUUGUAGCUAUCGAAAAAAUUCCCCAACCAUUCAUCAUAUCCUUACAAUAUCCUCACCUUGGAAAUUAACAAGAAGAAAAGAAAUUGAGAAUUAACCCUUUAUGUCUAUUUUCCUGUUUUAUGUCAUCCACAAUGGUGGCAAAAAUUGAAGGUAACUGAGAAGAAAAAAUCACCAUUAUGGAAGAAAGUGCCUGUGCAGCCAAUAUCUUUAGGUCCCAAUCUGUUCCAAACGUAGGGCGUCGUUCAUCAGCUUCGAAUGUUGCACUUGCACAAAAGUUGUUUGCAGAGGCAAUUGGGGCGUAUGUGAUAAUAUUUGCAUGGUGUGGAUCAGUUGCAAUGUACAAGCUAGUCGAUGAUGAGAGCAUAACGUUAUCAGGGAUAAGCAUGACAUGGGGAGCAGUUGUAAUGGUGAUGGUUUAUUCCAUGGGACAAGUAUCAGGAGCUCAUUUUAAUCCUGUGGUCACUAUCAUUUUCUCUAUCUUCCGUCGCUUCCCAUGGAAAUUAGCACCAGUAUACAUAAUAGCUCAAGUAAUCGGAUCAGUUCUGGCAGGCGGUACUUUAGCACUACUGUUGGGUGUCGAUCUCAAAGCUUACAUUAAGCAUUUUCCUAAAGUGGGCUGAAUAUGAGCAAAGUUGAUCAAUAUUUGGUUUGGAGAAGUAAUGUUUGAUAACUCCUUUGUUGUGUAUCAAUGAAAAUCUUACCUGCACUAUGGUUGCAACUUUUUUA